AGCUGCGCUAAACUAAAACGGCUGAACGCUGAUGGUGGCCAUGGAGAGGCUCACAGAUCGUCUACGCACAAGAGCCCACUCCGACGUGCCCCUUGGUUCUCUCUGCGCAUGCGCUGACGAAAGAAAUUCAUCGAGUUAGUGCAAGAAAUGUUGCCAACGUCCCGUGUGUUUCCUGCGGCAGACAUGGGUAAGGUGUACUCGAAGCCGGCCUGUCAGUUUGCGUACGCCGGCGACAUCCACCAGCUUUUAUCCCUGGUCGCCCGAGACCCGAACAGCGUCAACGAGCAGGAUGACGUCACCGGGGACACGCCCCUCAUCGCCGCCUGUCGCCGUGGCAACUUGAGCGCGGUCACAAUUCUGAUGGAGCGCCACGCGGACGUACGCCCACGCAACAAGAAGGGUCGCACGUGUCUACACUACGUUGCUAAGCAGAAGUUCUCUCUUCUGGACCACCUGAUCAUCCUCAUCCUGAUGCCCAUCCUCCUCCUGGGUUACUUCCUCCUGUUACAGAAGCAGCGCCGUAACGAGGCUCUGAUGAAGGAAGUGCUGGACAGCGACGUGGACGUCAACGCGGCAGACUACAAAGGGAACACAGCUCUUCACUACGUUUGUCUGCGGAAACGCCAUCAUUUAGUUCCUCUGUUGCUCCUCAGAGACGCCGACCCUCAUGUCAAGAAUGACGACGGCGAGUCGCCGAUGGACAUCGCCAUGAGGUUAAAGUUCGCUAAAGUAGUGCGGCUGCUGAGGAAGACGCAGUGAUGGAAUCGCUUCACGUGCACGCUCACCCUCACCUGCGCCAUCUGGACUCAAGGACGGAUUUGGCGCCACCUGCGGCGUGAGGCAGUACUAGCCAACCAUUGUGAUUUUGUUUCCUUUUCAUUGAAGUCACGUGUCAUUCUGA